AUGAAUUUCAAGAUAAGAUUCCUCAUGAUGCUGUCCUUGUUAACAGCCCAGUGCACUCCAAUAAAGGUGGACGUUAAACCCAAGCGCAUCAUUGGUCCACUUCCAGAAGAACACUACGGAGGAAGAUGGGACAAUUUUCUCAUUUUUGCUAUUAUUUUCCUAGUCUUGUUCGUUAUCACCCUCGCAUGUUACGUGAUCAGCAAGACAUGGUCCGGAUUCCUCGAACCCGAUCAGGAAGCGUCCCCUGAAGAGAUUCGCCGCUUUCAACAACAGGAACAAGAAGCAAAUCGGGAAUUCUAUCAAACAUUUCCAAUGAUCACCAUAAUCAUUCUGACAAGCAUUUUGUUCCGCGAGACUCUGUCUCUGUACAUCUUUGAUUUGUCUGACCCCACCAAAAAUCCAUUCCGUACAACCAGAAUUUACUCGAUCUCGGUUUUGAUGAAUUGCAUCCCGGUAACCGUUUUCCUGAUCUACAAGCUACGAUCGAAAAUUGCCGAAUUCGUUCAAACUGAUAUGUUCCGCACUUUCAAGAAUGUUCUUAUCGGAUUUGCAGUGACAAGUGUAUUCUUCGCUACCUAUGCCGUUGGGUAA